AUGAUUCCAUAUCUUGGAAACACUUACAUCACCCCAUUGGAUAUUCAAGUUCGGGACCAACAUGUCUAUUAUAAUGUAGUGGAAGCAGAACCAGAUGGUGAGUUAUGGUACUCAAACAUUAAGAAUUUUUUGAAGACAGGGAGAUGCCCUGAACAUGCCAUUGGAAGCCAAAAAAGAACUGUUAGAUGUCUGACCAAAACCCUUAUUUUUUAUCCCUUCUAUCUCCUUCCUCUCCAACUGUCUCUCCUCUCUCUCCAUGCUACCACCCUCCCUCCCUCUCUCUGUGAUCGGGUGAAGACGUCACUGCCAAGAGGCGUGGCGCUGCUUUCUCUUCCCCGUCUCUCUCUCCUCGAUUUCUCUCCUCACUUCGCGAACAACAGGUGCUCGGUCCAGCAGCUCCAGCAGCAAAAACAGCAGCAGCGCACGACGAUAACACACAGCUCCAGCCGGGGAGUUUUAGGAAGCAAGCUCCAACUAGCAGCCACGAGAAUAAGCAAACGUGCCAUCGUCCUCAACUCAACAGUAAUUCAAGCCAGUCUUACUACAUCGAAAAUUCAGGGUGAGCUAAUGCUUCUAGCUUGGACUGGAUCUUCUUCUUCAAGUCUCGAUGCCUUGAACUUCCGGCAUGGACUAGCUUCUUAUGUAUUUUUAGCUUUUAGAAUACUCAUAGUUUAGUCGUUUGAUCGUAGAUGUUCUUGUGAUGAUGACUUCCAGAUUUUGGGGAAUAAUAGAUGUUGAAUUUAGAAGUUAAUGAAUUGGUCUUUAUUUA